ACUCCGCCCAUUGGCUCCUCCCCCCCUGCUUCCUCCACUCCCUUUCCAAUUGCACCUAUUAAGUGGCAAAAAAAAAAAACCGGGGCAGAAAAUGGCGACGGCGGGGAGCCGGACCUCGUCGUCGGGAUUAACGGAGUCGAAGUGUGCAAACGUCGGAAGCGGACCAGAUUGCGGUUUCGGUGCUCCUGGUCUUCCGACCAGUCCGGGGAAGGCGAAGAGAAACGCGGGCGAAAAUGCGCAGUGGAGACGCAAAGAGCUGCGAAAAGUCAGGAGCGUGGAUCUGAAGAGAGACGACGCGCUGCACCAUCUCUCCUCCGCCGAGAGCGCCGGAGCUCCAAUCGCCGCGCAGCUCCACUACCUAUCCGUGUCCUCACCCGCCGCCGUGCAGGCCACUUUAUCCCAGCAGAGCCGACAUGCUCAGCACACCAAUUCACUGACUGAACACCUUCUUCUGGACAAAACCAGCAAUAGUCAGACUUCUGGCGCUCAGGAAUUACCCAAAACUUCUUCUUGCCGCCGCAGCAGCAGCGAGCAGCUCAGCUCCGACCAUGCAGCACCUCCAGGAGCUCCAGCGGACCUGAAUUCUGUGCAACCAGGCCAUGACAUGGAGAGCAAAGAGACGCUGCGUGGGCUGCAAAAGAUGGAGGACCGGCCGGAGGAGCGUAUGAUCCGGGAGAAGCUCAAGGUCACCUGCAUGCCUACCUGGAAACAUGAGUGGCUGGAGAGGAGGAACAAAAGAGGCCCAGUGGUUGUUAAGCCCAUUCCGUUGCGGCCCGACAGCAGCGAAGGGCUCGAGGCAGGCAGCGACAUCACGAGUACCACUUCCUCUCAGAGCAGAGGCCGUCGCAGCCCCUCCCCUGGACCUUCCUCAUCCUCCAUUUCUUCUACUUCCUCAUCUACCAAGACUUCUGGAAAACCGGAAUCCCCUGGCGUUCGCAGGAAGCGGGCAUCCCCAGUUCCUUUUCAGAGCGGCAGGGUAACACCCCCACGGCGUGCGCCGUCCCCCGACGGCUUCUCCCCAUAUAGUCCUGAAGAGACCAAUCGCCGGGUCAACAAGGUCAUGAGGGCCCGUCUCUAUCUACUCCAGCAAAUUGGACCUAACUCCUUCCUGAUUGGAGGAGACAGCCCAGAUAAUAAAUACCGUGUGUUCAUUGGACCUCAGACCUGUAGCUGUGGCCGUGGGGCCUUCUGCAUCCAUGUGCUUUUCGUCAUGCUUAGAGUCUUCCAGCUGGAGUCGUCUGACCCGCUGCUCUGGAGAAAGACCCUCAAAAACUUUGAGGUGGAGAGCUUAUUCCAGAAGUACCACAAUCGGCGGAGUUCUCGAAUCAAAGCCCCAUCUCGCAGCACCAUCCAGAAGUUUGUGUCCCGCAUGUCAAACUCUCAUACCACCUGCACAUCUAGUUCCUCACCCUCGAGCAACGAGAGCAGUAUGAAGGAUGAGGAAGAGCAGAUGUGUCCGAUCUGUUUGCUGGACAUGCUGGAUGAGGAGAGCCUGACUGUGUGUGAGGAGGGCUGCAGGAACAAGCUGCACCACCACUGCAUGUCCAUAUGGGCAGAGGAAUGCCGGAGAAACCACGAGUCCCUGAUCUGCCCUCUGUGCAGGGCUAAGUGGAAGUCGCACGAUUUUUACAGUCACGACCCAGCAUCUACAGCGGACAGCUCCAUAAGUCGCUCUCAGAGCCUGGUAUCUUCAUCCACCGCUUCAUCCAACUCCCAUGCUGAAGGUCAGAGGGCAGCUCACGAGGGAGACUUUUCUCUUCCCCAUUACGGGGUGCAGCAAAUACCUCAGACUUAUAAAGAGUUGGCCGAGCCUUGGAUUAAGGUGUUUGGUAUUGAGCUGGUAGGCUGCCUGUUCUCACGGAACUGGAACAUCAGAGAGAUGGCCCUGCGGAGGCUGUCGCACGACGUGAGCGGCGCUCUGCUUCUGGCCAACGGCGAGCACUCGGUGGCAAGCACAGGAGCAGGAGCAGGGGCCGGUAUCGCCGCAGCAGGAAGUGAAAUCUCAGGGGAAGUAGUGGUCGAAUCAUGCUGCAGUGUUCUCUCGAUGGUGUGUGCAGACCCUGUCUACAAAGUCUACGUGGCUGCGCUGAAAACUCUGCGGGCCAUGCUGGUCUACACGCCAUGCCACAGUCUGUCGGAGCGCAGUCGCCUGCAGCAGCUGCUCCAGCCCGUGGUCGAGACUAUCCUGGUGAAAUGUGCCGAUGCUAACAGUCGCACCAGCCAACUGUCUGUGUCCACUCUGCUGGAGCUCUGUAAAGGCCAGGUUGGAGAGCUUGCUGUUGGUAGAGAGAUUCUCAAAGCAGGUUCUAUUGGUAUUGGCGGAGUGGACUAUGUGCUGAACUGUAUCCUGGGUUCCCAGACUGAGGCGAAUAACUGGCAGGCUCUUCUAGGCCGCUUAUGUCUGAUCGACAGGUUGCUGCUGGAGUUUCCAGCAGAGUUUUACCCACAUAUCGUCACAGCUACAGACUGUGGACAUUCCCAGAAUCAGGUGGAGAGGUACCAGAAACUGCUGCGUCUGCUGAGCUUUGCGCUGCAGUCCAUCGACAACUCGCACUCCAUGGUAGGGAAGCUGUCUCGCCGCGUGUUCCUGAGCGCCGCUCGCAUGGUGGCCCGCGUUCCCCACGUUUUUGUCAAGCUGCUGGAUAUGCUGAGUGUCACCAGCUCCACCCACUACGCCCGCAUGCGCCGGCGUUUGCUGGCUAUCGCAGAAGAGAUGGACAUUCUAGACGCUGUGCAUCUUGGCCUUGAAGAUGUGCAGGGCGCCACUGGACCACACUGUGACGCCUUUCUGGAUCCCGCAGCUCCUCAGAACUCGCCCGUUUCCACCGAGAGGAACUCGCCCACCCACCUCUUGCAGGAAAAGCCCUUUAGUAAAGUCUCUAGAUGUGGAGCUGUCAGUGCAAAAACGGUAGACGAUGUGUCAGACAGGUUGGCGUGUGUCUCCGCUGGACCUGCAGACUCUCCAAAACCUUCUGUUCAACAGCGUGGUCCUCUUAGACCCCUGAGCCAGUGUCUUAAUCCACAUUCGCCCUCCUCAAGUCAACCAUCCCCGCUCCCCUCCCCUUCUACCUCUAACAUCCGGCCACAAGGUUUUGUACCUGGCAAGCUCACUAACUGCUCCCCUGGUGCCCAGCGUAAAUUUCCGAUUCCUAAGGGUGCUAGUGGAGGAGGGACCAUUAAAGACCCCGAAAAGCUUCCCUCCCCAUUGUGCUCCCACCCCCGGCCUCUGCCUUCUAACCAGAUCCAUCGUCCCAAACCCUCACGGCCCUCUUCUUCCACCUCUUUUGAGGCAGCUAAAGCUCAGUGCCUAGGUCCUAAAAGCAGUAUGAAGCUCGAACUUCAGGACAUUUCUCCAGAGGAGGGUGCAAGGUGCAGUGCCAGCUCUGUGUUUGUCCCGAGCGAUGAUGCAGUCUUUACGCCGGUGGAUGAGAAGUUUCAUGGCCUGAACGCUUCAGCAGAGCUCAACUCCAGUAUGGAGGAUCUUUUGGAAGUGUCCAUGCCGGUGACAGACAGCACAGUGACGUUCCAGUCAGAGGUGGCGGUGCUGUCACCAGAACAGCCUGGUUCGGACGAUGCAUAUAGCCAAGAUGUGACUCAGAACCAGAAGUGCAUGGAGAAAAUGGAGGCCGAAGAAGAGGAGGCGCUCGCCGUCAUCAUGGCAGUGUCAGCUUCCCAAGAUGCUCUACCCAUCAUCCCACAGUUGCAAGUGGAAAAGGAGGAGGAUGUCAUCAUCAUACAGGUUGAUACGCCAGAGACGCUGCCUGGCCAUACCAAAGCAAAACAGCCUUACCGUGAGGGUGCAGAGUGGCUGAAGGGACAGCAGAUUGGUCUGGGAGCUUUUUCCUCCUGCUACCAAGCCCAAGAUGUUGGCACCGGAACACUAAUGGCUGUAAAACAGGUGACCUAUGUCAGGAACACAUCCUCCGAGCAGGAGGAAGUGGUGGAGGCGCUGCGGGAAGAGAUUCGAAUGAUGAGCCACCUCAAUCACCCCAACAUCAUCCGCAUGCUGGGAGCGACCUGCGAGAAGAACAACUACAACCUGUUCGUGGAGUGGAUGGCAGGUGGCUCUGUCUCUCAUCUGCUGAACAAGUACGGUGCCUUUAAGGAAGGUGUGGUCAUCAACUACACAGAGCAGUUACUCAGAGGUCUCGCCUACCUCCAUGAGAAUCAGAUCAUCCACCGAGAUAUCAAAGGCGCCAACCUGCUGAUUGAUAGCACAGGCCAGAGAUUAAGGAUAGCCGACUUCGGUGCAGCAGCGAGGCUGGCCUCCAAGGGCACGGGUGCAGGAGAGUUCCAGGGUCAGCUCCUGGGCACCAUCGCCUUCAUGGCCCCUGAAGUGCUGAGAGGGCAGCAGUAUGGCCGUAGCUGUGACGUAUGGAGCGUGGGCUGUGCCAUCAUCGAGAUGUCUUGCGCAAAGCCACCGUGGAACGCAGAAAAACACUCCAACCACCUGGCCCUUAUAUUCAAGAUCGCCAGUGCUACCACAGCGCCCACCAUCCCUCCACAUCUUUCUCCGGGCCUGAGAGACGUCACUCUGCGUUGUUUGGAGCUGCAGCCUGCUGAUCGGCCGCCUUCACGCGAGCUCCUCAAACACCCCAUCUUCCGCCAUAACUGGUAACACUGAGCGUCCAGGAACUACUGGAGAGCCUGUCUGGGCUGCCCCUUCACUGCUGUCGUCCUUUUCACACUAGCACUGGCACUGGCUUGGCGCACACACACACACACGUACACACACACACACACACACUGGGUUUCUAUCCUGCUGUAGCCUCAGCACAUAAUGCAAAAGCAGCCCAUCAAGUGCCUUUACAGAAGCAUCAUGUCUCUUCGCUGCAUUCUGUUUCUUUGGUAAACCAACACUCUGCUCCUUUCUGCACUGUUCUGUAGCCAUUUCAAUCACAGGAAGGUGCCGAAAAGCUUUUAAAAGUGAAAUCUCUGUAACUGGAGAAAGAUGGUUUGUUUGCUUGUUUUAAACAAGUAAAAAAUAUAAUUUUCUUUUAACUGAUGGAAUUCCAUUCAAAACCUUUCGCAUUUAACCGUUACUUCAUAUUGUGUGCAUUUUACUGUUAGGGCCAUGUUUUUGUUUUGUUUUGUUUUUUUCUUUCGUGACCUGUAAAAAACACCACGAACGGGUUUCAGGGAACGGUAUUGCUAAUCAUUGGCUAUUUUCAAGCUAGCGUAAUGCUCAGCGCGAAUGCUUAUAAUGUGGGUUAAUGUGUCUGUUUUAAAUCGCGCAGAAAUCCUGUGUUAAGAUAUCAGAUAUUUUUUUCUACGUGUUGAGGGCGGAGUUAAAGAUGCAAUGAUUCGAGAGCUUUCAGGGGUUUUGGAUAUCGAGACCAGCAAACCGUUUCGAACCUCCUGACCGAACUUAUAAAGUUGAACUUAUUUUAUAUAAAACAUUGAUUUUCAGUUCACUUUUCCUGCAGUUUCUGCGAUGGCAUGAAUAGCAUGUACAUGAGCCUUCUUUGUAAACGGUGUCGAUUUAUUCAGUAUAUUUUUUUUAUUUUCCUCCACAACUUUUCUUGGUGCUGUUCAAUCAUGUCGUUGAUUUGAACUUGCUGUGAUUUUAAAAUAUCCAUUAGAUGUUUUAAGAGAACAUCGUCCAGCCGAGCAUCUCCGAGUCACCUCAGGCUGAAUAUAUACGCGCUCGUAGCUGUUUAUGGUGGAGGGAUAUUACCAAGCUUGCGCCUUUUUUCUUUCAAUCUACGAACAAAAGAAACGAGUCUACUUAUCUUUUUUCUUUUGCUUAGAAACACUGAAUGUUUUUAAAUCAUGGUAUAUGUAUUAAUUGUAACUCUUCAAGCGUUGGUGGUGUUUUUGUAGGCUUCGUUUUGAGAAUCCAAAAUGUUUUUUUUUUUUUUUUUUUUUUUGUCCCCCCCCUCGUAAAUCACAUGGAGGGGCGUCGAAAAGAAUUUGUGACAAUUUUUUUUUUUUAGAGAGAAUUUUUUUUUUUUUUAAAGAAAUAAAACUUUAUUUAAUACACGUUUUGUGUGGGAUACAAGCCGAUCGGGCUUGAAGAGUUAAGAUGUAAAUAUAUGUGAAAUUUUUGGUAGCUAAAAAUUUAUUUUACUUGACUCCUGUAUUUUUAUACCACCACAUUUCUUUCCAUAAAAUGCAUUAUUUUUUUGUUCCUCUAUUUUGGGGUUUAUUUGAACUGUAUUUUUCUUUUUAAUGUCUUUAUGAAAAGCUUUAAAAUUAUGCACUCUUUGUCUUUUUUUUUAUAUACUGGAAGAAGAGAAAAAGAUCAGAUUCAUUCAAAUUCAUAAAAGCUAAUCAGUAUUACUGAAAUAUGUCAUACCUGUAAUUCAGUACUUUAGUUGUUUAUUCAAUUUUCUUUCUUGCUCUUAUGUAUUUUAUUUUACACAGUUGUACUUAUGCCCUUUUUAUGGAUCAGAGCUGGACUGAAAUUGUGAAAUAAUGCUGUUUCUUGUCACUUGGUACUUUUUCGCUUUUUCUUGGUUUUUCUUUCUUUGACUUUUAAUUUUAUUUGAUUUUACUAUUAUAAUUUUCCUGUUUUAUUUCAGGUCUAUUGCUGUUUUAUUCCAGUCUCUACUACCUCAGGUGUCCUAUAGAGUAUCCUCUACCAAAGUUCACUUUCUCAACUAUAUAUAUAUAUAUAUAUAUAUAUAUAUAUAUAUAUAUAUAUAUAUAUAUAUAUAUAUAUAUAUAUAUAUAUAUAUAUAUAAAUAUAAAUAUUCUAUUGACUGUUAUUUGUUUAUUUUAAUCUCUAUUUUUCAGAUUUCCAGGGCUUAGGGGCUAAUUUUAUAUUUUUAUUGUGCAAAUAGACCCACAAAACCUCUGGGUUAAAGAAAUGGAACAAUUGGCUUAAGCUAUAUACUAUCAUUUUAAGCAUACUGAGAUGUUUUAAAGUUUUUAUCCCACUGGAAACCUUUUAUAACAAAGUUGACGUAUUUUGGUGUUUGUCUUCAGCAAAUAAAAAUGGGAAAUUGGUCUUCUAUAUAUA